AUGCCUGCCACUGCCAUGUUUUCGAAAUUCAAGAGCAGCAGCCAGGCCCAUCAUCCAUGUCCGCUGGAAACGAACCCCAUCGGCCAGUUUUUCGAAAUGGGCAAGCAGGUGGCCAGUGCAGGGCCGGAGUUGGGUAAUCCUACCAGACACCACACCAUCCCACAAACUGAAAGACCCAUCCCCCUGAUACCAAGUGAUCCCACUCUCGAACAGAUUCAUCCCACCUCCAACCAAAUGAUCCCACACCUGACACCAAUGUUUCCGUUGCAGGAAUGCUCCGUCUUCCUCUUCGAGAAGCGAUGCGCCGAAAAGCUACACAAGCCCAAGCGCAAAGAGACCGUAACAGAGAUCCUGCGCAGCUCGGUGCGCCAGCUCGAACGAUUCCGCCACCCGAAGAUACUCAACGUAUUGCACCCGAUCGAAGAGUGUGCUGAAACGCUGGCCUUCGCCACGGAACCCAUUUACGCCAGUCUGGCCAACAUCCUGGCCUUCCAGGAGGGUAGCGAACGAAUAAACGAUGUAGAUGGCGUAGAACCUAUUCCUUGUCAACCAUGGACUUCAAGACUGUCUAAGAUGGCUCAACCCAAUUUAGAUUAUACCGCUCCAGAAACACAGACACAAUCAGUGUGCAGCAUCUUGAGUGACAUGUUCUCAUUGGGUAUGGUGAUAUGCGCCAUUUUCAAUCAUGGGAGGCCUCUCAUCCAGGCAGCCAACUCAACAUCGGCGUACCUCAAACAGCUCGAACUGUUGGAAGAUCAAGUUCAUAAUAUAAUACAUAGGAUUCCUGUGCCUCUUCAAGAAGCAACAGUUCGACUUCUGAGUAAGGACACUAGACAACGACCUACUGCUCAGUUGCUCACCCUCAUCAAAUUCUUUAGGAACACUCUGAAGGAGUCAUUACCCUUCAUUCCUAAAAGUGCUGCCCUAGUAGCGGUAACGAACAUAUCAGAGUACUUAGAAGACGCAGCCAUCAAAAGAAUGAUCUUACCAAAACUGAAAGUGAUAUACGAGAAGAACCAAUCGGAUCUCAAGUUAGUGUCCAAUGUACUUUCCUGCGUAGAGAGAACCCUCGACAGACUAGACAAAUCCCAAAUAAUCGACGAAGUACUGCCUCUGCUCUCCGACAUACGACUGGCUGAUCCCCAAAUAAUACUGAGGGUCGUAAACAUCUAUCGACUGAUGUUGGCCGACAAGAAAUACGGUCUCUCCAUAAGCCUGAUGGCCACCAAAGUGAUGCCAUCGCUUCUGCCGCAAACCGUCAACCCUUCUCUCAAUCUGGAACAGUUCACCAUCCUCAUCGAGGUCCUGCAAGACAUGCUCGACCAGAUUGAUAGGAACCAGCGGAACAAGCUCAAGCUGGACAACCUGUCGCUGCCUAGUCCCGAGAGGCACAGGCCUCUGAGGCAUCAGUUCAGCUCGGACAAUAUGCACGUGCCGCCGUUCAACAUUCCCAAUUUGAGGAUAGAACAGAGGAAGACAUCUAGUGCUGAGGAUAUGGCCAGGAAGAAUUCUGGAACAGUGCUGAGGAUAUGGCCAGGAAGAAUUCUGGAACAGGUGAGGACGUUGUUUUUUCCUUCAGUAGCAUUGGAUAUUGGUCCUUCUAGUGCUGAGGAUUUGGCCAGGAAGAAUUCUGGAACAGGUGAUGACGUUUUCUCCCUCUUCAAUGGCAUUGGACAUUAUAGUGCUGAUGAUAUCGCCAGGAAGAAUUCUGGAACAGGUGAGAACUUUUUGUUUCCUCUUCAAUUCGUCCUUCAGCCAAACAGAUGUGGAGAAAUCCAAAUAGCACUUUGUGUGACUUCUAGUACUGAGGAUAUGGGCAGGAAGAAUUCUGGAACAGACAGCAACUUCCUGCGCGUGGUGAACUCCUUCCCCAACCGCAGACUCUCCGACAACACGCUGAUGACGCCGAAGAUCCGGGUGGCGCCAUCUUGCGCCUCCUCUCCCGGAGGAACUCCGGGAGGCGGGCUGCCCAUCCGGAGGCACUCGAGCAUCGGGCCUCAGGAGAGGCGCGGGUCCACCGUCAAUUUGUCGCCGCCCACGGUGAGUGGGGGGGAUCAGGGAAAGUUCGAUGGGGGUGGGCAAUCGUUGAACAAGAAAAUCGAGUCCAACUACCCGCCUCAAAUAUUCCCGCUGAUUUUGCAGGGCGGGUCGAUGCCCAACACCAGCAGCAGCGUGCCCUUCCUGCUGAGCAGCAGCAUGCAGUCGAUCCGCUCGCGCCGCCCUUCAGCCGCCCUGGGCGGGUCUCAGGGCAGCCAGGGCCUGCUGCAGCAGCUCGGCUCAGGCAUGGUAAGACUCACCUCUUCCCAUCAACCGAUCGACGGCAGAUCGUCCUUCUCUAGUAGCACUGUUAGGAAAUGCCCCUCAUUGAAUAUAACGUUCAGCUGA